AUGGGCUAUGGUAGAAGCAGAGCAUCCUCUGUUUUGGACGGUUUCACUCUAAACCCCGUGCCAUACCCGGUUAUGCUAAUCUUAUCACUGAUCCUGUUAUUCCUCGGCAUUUCGGGGUGGAUGCUGUUAGCCACACCAGUGGUGCUUAUACUCGUAGUUCGUUGGUUAUCGUCAGUGUAUACUUCAGAAUGGUUCUUCUUUAACUCCUUGCCAUUGGAGAGGCGUAGGAGAACUCACCACUUCCCAUCAGAGGGUAGCUCCCCUCGGGGUGUUGCUGCUUGUUCUCGUGCUUCUUCAUUUUCAGUCCACUUUUCUUGA